AUGUCCGAUUUGUCUUCUUCUGACGAUGAGGCCCAGUACAAGCCCAAGAUCAGCGUCCCCACGGUGAACUUGGCUAACCUCCGCAAGAAAAACCAGAAGCUGAAUGCCAAAGACAAUUUGGCGAAGGCUAGGAAAAAAUUCACAUCCCAUAACAAAUCGGUUCGGUUCCCAGAUAAUCCAACACGACCCGCAUCGGCUAUAAGCAACUCAUCCAACAUGUCGUCAUUUCUGUCGGAGCUUGAUUCGGACCAUAGCCGGCUCGAACACUCAGACGACGACCCGACACCUGAAGGAAGCUCUAAGGAUCUCCCACAUUUUUCAUUCAAAGUGCCCUACACUACAGAAACACUCUCCCUGGAAGAUGACGAGGACAUUAACUCGUUGGACAUGCAACACGUUAUAAAUCCACUGCGCACAUAUAAUGAAGAAUCUUCAGAUGAAGGUGAAUACGCGCCGCAAGAGUAUCAUGAAUCGGCACUGCCCAAGCGGAGACAAAUGAAUUCCGAUGCCGAGGCCGAUGUAACAGAUCUCCAUCGCCAGUCGUCCGGACUGCGGUCUGUCAAAUCAGGUGAGAGUGAGAAAAAGGGCUUUAAGAACAUUUUCCGCAAAAUGUCGUUGGCCGACCUGAUGGAAGGCGACCCGGGUGCGCCUUCGCGCUCAGACACAUUCUUGGGGCGCGUUUUGAGUUUUUCGGGCGGCGGCCUCAGCGGCGGUGGCUUGGCGCCGGGCGCAUCGCAUGCAGAAUCGGGCGCGGACGACGAGGAAAAAAGGGCCGGCGGCAUGCCCGAGGACCACAACAUCGAGAUGCAGCGAUUAGAUUUUGCGCAGCUCAAUGAUGAGGCACAAAACUUAAUCUCUUUGCAUGUACCAGAGACUAGUCGAAGGAAAAUGGAAUCCAUACCAGAAGUGGACCCGAACGACGAUCUGACGGCUCUUUUAAUGGAAAACGAGGAGAAACCGACUCUGACUCCACCGGAUGCAACACCAAGCUCGCACACAGGUACUUUCUACCAACCUAACCCUGACUUGGUUCGAGAAAACGCUAACGAUGACUACCAUGAAGAAGAUAUUUUCGAAAACGACACGUAUGUGGCGCCGCCGAAACAGGUGCACGCAGGCGUGCUCUCUUCUUUAUUGAAGCUUUAUCAGAAUGAGCCCGCGUCUAAGUCACUGACAACAUUAGGAUCAGGACUCACCACUUUAGCAGACGAACAGUCCGUACCUGACCCAUACAGCGCAAAGAACACCUCUACACAUGAUUUCACACAGCUUAAGAGCAAUUUACGCCAUGGUCCGCGUCGUCUUGCCAACAAAUUCACCGGUCAUAAGCACAAGCGUGAUUCAUCGAAUCCACCAGAUGAUUUUGGAUCGGAAAGUGAUGAAGCCACGGCUACUUUGGAUGGAGACGCAGCUAAUCUUCCGUCGUUCCAGAAUGCUAGGCCCAAAGCACCGCGUCCAGAGUCCAAAGUUCCACAAAGAUUGGGUAGGAAGUUCAAGAAAAGGCAAGACCAAAAGUUGCGUAUUACUGUUCAUAUUGCAGACAUACUUCAGCGGCAACGGUUUAUCAUUCGUAUGUGUCGUGCAUUGAUGUUGUACGGAGCCCCAACACAUCGGUUAGAGGAGUACAUGGUGAUGACUAGCCGUGUGCUUGAGAUUGAUGGCCAGUUUGUAUAUUUUCCGGGUACCAUGAUUGUGGCAUUUGGUGAUGCAGCUACGAGAACUUCCGAAGUCCACUUGGUGCGGUGCGCCCAGGGAUUAAACUUGUCCAAAUUGUCUGACACUCACAAGAUUUAUAAGGAUGUGAUCCACGAUUUGACGGGUGUUGAAGAGGCCAUUAAAAAGUUGGAGGCUUUGAUGAGUAGGAAAAACAUGUACUCCCCAUGGGUUUGUGUUUUCCUCUAUGGAAUUGGAUCUGCUUCUGUUUGCACAUGGAGUUUUGGCGGUGGCUGGUGGGAUGUCCCUACUUCUUUUGCCGUCGGAUUGUGCAUUGGAUACUUGCAAUUCAUUGUCUCUUCCAAAUCAAACUUGUACUCCUCAUUCUUUGAGGUUGCAGCGUCAAUUGUCGUUUCCUUCAUUUCUCGAGCGAUCGGCUCUAUCAGAGGCGGGAGUGGUAAUCUAUUCUGCUUCGGAGCAAUUGCUCAAGGCUCACUCGCUUUAAUUUUGCCCGGCUAUAUCAUUUUGUGUGGCUCGCUAGAGCUUCAGGCCAAAAACCUUGUUGCAGGCUCGGUCAGAAUGUUUUAUGCCAUCAUUUACUCUCUCUUUUUGGGUUUUGGCAUCACUUUGGGUGCUGCAUUAUACGGAUGGGUCGAUAAAAAUGCCACAGACGCAGCGCAAUGUCCACUGGGCCAUAGCAUAGAUGACAAGUGGAGAAUUUUGUUUGUGCCCUUAUUUUCCCUCGUUUUGGGCCUUAUCAAUCAGGCUAGAUACACUCAGCUUCCGAUAAUGAUCUUGAUUUCCUCAAUUGCAUAUAUUGGGACGUAUUUUGCCGGAAAACACUUCUCAAAUGUGACAGAAUUUACGGCUGCCAUUGGUGCUUUUAUCAUUGGGAUAUUAGGCAAUAUGUACUCCCGUGUGGGGAGAGGAAUGGCAGUUAGUGCCAUGUUACCUGCUAUUUUUGUGCAAGUGCCAUCUGGUAUUGCCUCCAAAAGCACACUUCUUGCCGGUGUUAACACCGCUAACAAGAUCACGAACUCCACUAAGGAUAGUUCUGGAACGACCGAUUUGAGCUCCUUGAGUUUCGGUGCUACGAUGGUGGAAGUGUCUAUUGGUAUUAGUGUUGGAUUGUUCGCUGCGGCGCUCGUGGUCUAUCCGUUUGGAAAAAGAAGAACAGGUUUAUUCACUUUAUAG